UGUAUUUCAAUAUCUCAUCAAACAAAAAAGGGAAAAUUAAAACUUGCAGAGACUUGAGAAUUUAUUUAUAGAGGUAGUUGUUGUUUAACUUAUUUAUUGUGACAAAUGGAUAAUAGAUGUUUUGGCGAAUUCAUUGUUUGGCCCCUUUUUCACUUCGUAUAUUCCGACAAAUAUUGUAAAAAUAUUAUAAAAAUCCUUCAUCCUUCCUUUAUAAAAAGUGGUUUGAAUUUUAUUCAUGCUGCUACAACUGAUGGCGCUAGGAAAGGUUCAUGAAAUUCUAAAGUUUCCACUCUGUUCUUUCUACAGUCGGUGAGAUCGAGAAACUUGAACGAAUACGAAUCAUUGGUCGAUUAGGGUCUCUGUUUUUGUGUCAUAUAGAUUUUAAGCGGAAAAUGCUGGCGAUUAUUUUAACGAGGUUGCAAGCAGUUGCAAGCUCGUAAAGUUUCUCACGAGUAAGCACAUUCACAAGUGUACAACGUUAACGUGUUGCAUCAGGCGGUGAAGGAGGAGCGUGAACAGAGAGAAAAGGGUGGCGUGUGUGCUUCUCGCGAAGCAACGAUAUUCGAGACGUGAGGUGAUGGUGAUAUACCCGAUAGAGAAGAAGUAAGGGCUCGCUUCUUCAUUGAGAACAUGUUUGCAGUCGUCGAAACGGAUACGCAGCUUCCCACGGGACCCUUCGACGAGUGAUUCCGUUUAAUGAAUCGAUCAAUGCGAUCGAAACGAAAGGUUUUUGAACGCAUUACAAUUGAUACCUAUAUAUGUCAUUAAUUUAUACGAAUAGCGCACGUUCUUCCGGAUUCGAAGACGGGUCCUUAACACUGGAACGAGUCGGAUAGAAUUAAAAUGAUUCGAAUCGACGAAAGUUACAAGUGAUUCGAGAAAAAGAAGGGUGAGGAUUUGCGGGAGACUCGCGUUCGGGAUUUAAACUUCGGUCCCGGACAAGGGUUCUACUCGCUGCGCCAUCGAGGCCCUGUUGCGCUUUUUACUAUUCUUUCCGGGUCCUUUUUUCCCCACACGUAGAGGUGUACACACUAUUGACUAACAAAUAACGAUAGUUAACGAUCUCGACGGAUUAAUUUCGAUAAAACAAUGGCCGCUACCUUCGAUCAAUAUGACAGGUCCAGUUGGUAUUUUGGUGCAAUGUCACGGCAGGAUGCCUCAGAUUUGCUGAUGAGCGAAAAAGAGGGAGGCGUAUUCUUAGUCCGAGACAGCACGUCGAUACAUGGGGAUUACGUCCUCUGCGUACGAGAGGACAGCAAAGUUAGCCAUUAUAUUAUAAAUAAGAUUCAGCAGGGCGAACAAACGCGCUACAGGAUCGGCGACCAAACGUUUCCCGAUAUCCCUCACCUUCUGGCUUUUUAUAAAUUACAUUACUUGGACACAACGCCGUUGAUCAGGCCUGCACCUAAAAAGACUCAGAGGGUGAUCGCGAAGUACGAUUUCGACGGCAAUGACCCGGACGAUUUACCAUUUAGGAAAGGAGAGAUUCUUACGAUCGUUUCGAAAGACGAGGAACAAUGGUGGACUGCUAGAAACAGCCUUGGUCAACAAGGCUCGGUCCCGGUUCCGUACGUUCAAAAGUACGAGGAGGAGAAUCACUCGGUGAACGAGAGCAAUUCACGGCCGGACAGCGGCGGUAGUUCAACGAUGAACUCAAACUCGGUUCAAGUUCCAGCCUCGCAGAUGUCUUUUCCGGAGAGUGGACAAACGGGCACCGGAACCGCGCGCAGAUCGAACAUCCAGCGAACGUUACCUGCGUUCGCGAAAGUGAAACAAGCCAGGGUACCAAACGCGUACGAUAAGACGGCACUGAAGUUGGAAGUCGGCGAUGUGAUAAAAGUAACAAAGACUAAUAUAAACGGCCAGUGGGAAGGAGAGCUUCACGGAAAGGUCGGCCACUUCCCGUUCACGCACGUUGAAUUCGUGGAUGAGACCGGAGAAGACAAUCAGGAGAUUUAACGCGAGUCUUCCGAGCGCGACGAGCAACGAUAAACGUUUACUCGGGGACGUUUUAACCAGGAUCGCCAUCGACUAUUAACUCCUUUGUAACCCUGGACGAGAUAUCUCCCUAAGUGCUGGCCAAUUAACGUUCGUCCCGGAAGACGAAGGGGUUAAUAGAAAUUAGUGGGAGACGUGAAAGAUGGAGUAUUCUGCGUAGAAAUAUAUCAGACUUCCUUGUUAUUUCUUAACAAAAACUUGAGACACUUCCAUUGAAACUAGAUCUCGUAUGAAAACUGGCAAUCCUGAUUCCAACGUCGGCGGCUUUAGGUUUACGUUAGCAGCCAUCCUAUGUACCCGUACACGAAAUCGGACUGCUUUCAAAUUUUGUACAUAAUUAAGUAAUCGAUCAUGUGUUUCGCGACGUUCUAUCAAUCAUUUUAUGCGCGUAAAAUUUAUACAAAUAUUUUUCUAGUCAUGAAGUAACAGUGGAUCAUGCACACGCACACCGUACACCUAAUCACUGAUCAAUGCAGCUUAUUUUCGAAUCGUAUCCAUACGAGAAUGUGUCGAUAUUCUGAAAACUUUCCAGCUUAAUAAAACAAUUGAAUGUCCAAAUAUUUGAAAAAUUUGUAGUUUCGAUGAAAUAUAUUGAGAUUCCUUUACCGAACGAGCUACUUUAAAAUUUUUGGUAACGUUGACGUUCUCGUGGGACUGUGCAAAAGACAUUCCGUUUCUUUCGUUCUUUUAAACUUUCGUACCGGUACAUAUCGUGCUGCUUAGCCAUAGGUUGUGCCACUAAACGGAACAACAAUUUCUACUAGAGUUAUUAAUUCUAUUUAACGACGGAUGAGUUAACCAUACUACGAUUGUAAUUAUAAAUAUAAAUCACGCUCUAACUAUAUGUAGUAUAUUACUAUGUAACGUUACGUGUAAUUAUAAGUUUGCGCGAUUGCCUGAGUAAAUUUUUUAUGAGAGCAGAAAAUGUGAAUUUAUGUUUAUGCAUAUAAGUGAAUGGUAUUAUAGAUUAUCACGAUUGUGUAAGUUGCGCGGAUUUACUUGUUAAAUAUGUAAUUAUAUUAGGUAUACAGAGUAUCCCGGGAGUAUUUAGUUUUGUAAAGAAAAAAAGGAAAUCGAAUGAGGAUAGUUGCAAGUUUGAAGUUCCGCUUCGCGCUAUACAUAUUAGUUUUUUUAUCAUAAAUAUUUCACAGUCACGUAUGAAUCAAUUGUACAUUAUAUAUCAUUAAUAUAUAAUUAUUACGUAAGUGGAGACUACUCGUGAUUUCCCGUAAGGGCAGACACUUUAUCGUGAAUUUCUUUAAAGAUUAAAAGCGAAUCAAUUCUGUUAUACCUUUUCGAGAGACGCUAGUAUAAAAUAUAUAGUUAUGUAUGUAUAAAUACAUUUUAAUAUAUAUAUAUUUACAUAUUAUAUAUAUUUGUAUAAAUUGUAAUUUUAUCGUGGUACACCUUGUUCGUUUUCCAAUGUUUUUACGGCUAUUCAUGAAGUUCGGUGUACACCUACUUUGAUAGUGAAAAUCGGAGGGAAGAUCAAUAAAAGCAUAGAUAUUUUGGUGUAA